AUGGUAGACUUUCGUGAGCCUGGCUUUUACGGAUCGGACGAUUCCUUUUCCUUAGAAACGAGUGAAAGGACUCAAGAUUAUACCCAAUUCACCCCUCUAACGCCUCUGUUGGAAAAUUUCGAUAAGGAUGGUAUUUUCAGACAGCAUCCGAUAGGUAGGAUAGAUGAUGAAUCAGCGAUUGUCUCGCAGAAGUUGUUACAGGACGGUCCGGUAUCGUCUGGUCCGAUUACAGUAGAUUAUGGGGAAUUUUCAGCAGUCAGACAAAUCGUUACGAGAUUACCUCCGUAUGGAGAGUUCCAAAUUGUCACUACAUAUGAACUAUCUCCUUUGGCGGGCAUUGUAAAAGAGAUCGAAGAUGUCAAUAAGCAAAUAUUAUUCUAUUUUUCCGCGAACAAUUUACUUCGGGACAUUUAUCUUAGAUCUUUGAUGAGCAAAGAUGGGUACCUAUCGAUUAGUAUAUUUUCUGAGUUCCCCAGAAUAAAAACUUUAUUACCAAAGUUAGCACUGGUUGAACAAAGAACUAAAGUUCUAAAGAAUGCCUUUAGGUUAUCAGAACCUGACAUUUUUGAGAUUUCUGGGAGCAGAGUGAGAUUAAGAGAUUCUUGGCAAAGGUGGAUAGUGAAAUGA